AAGCGACUGCCAAUUACUUCCAGAGAAAGUGGGUGGAUGUCGCGCAGCUGUGACUUGGGAUUUUAGGGGAUGCGCCCUCUCCUCCAGCCCUCUUCUCCCUUCUCCAGUGUCAGAACGCGGCUGUGCUCGUGCUCCGAGUUGCAUCGCAGUUUUUUUACUGGGUGAUUUUAUUUCCGUCGGCGGCAAGGAGCGCAAAGCGGGAGGCUGGCUCCGGCUCCCAAACUUGCCGCCGUCCUUGCCGCGGAGCCAGCAUGUGCACCAACAUCGUGUACGAGUGGCUGCGGACGCUGCAGCUCUCCCAGUACGCCGAGUCCUUCGUGGACAACGGCUACGAUGACCUGGAGGUGUGCAAGCAGAUCGGCGAGCCGGACCUGGACGCUAUCGGCGUGGCCGUGCCCCAGCACCGGCGCCGCAUCCACGAGGCCGUGCGGCGCCUCAAGGAGGCCGACGAGACGGCGGCCGGGCUCUACUUCACCCUGGAGCCGGUGCCGCCGCCCGCCGCGGGGCGCUGCGCCCGCCGCCCGCCCGCGCACCGCGCCGGGGGGCUGCUCGCCUACCCCAAGCUGAAGCUGAAGAUCAUGAUCCGGGACAAGCUGGUCCGCGACGGCAUCGACCUGAGCAAGCCGCCCUACUCCAACAAGGAUGGGUCCCUGGGAAAUAUUGACGACCUGGCCCAGCAGUAUGCAGACUACUACAACACCUGCUUCACAGAUGUGUGUGAAAGGAUGGAAGAGCUCCGCAAGCGGAGGGUUUCCCAAGACCUUGAUAUGGAGAAAUCUGAUGCCAGCCCCACAUCUCUCCAGUUGCGAUCCCAGAUUGAGGAGUCGCUUGGUCUCAGCAGUGCUGCAUCAACACCUGACACUGAAAGAAAGCUCUCUGUUCAUAAAUCAAGUUCUGAAGAAGGCUCUGUAGGGAAAGCAGACUGGAAAAAGAAGAAUAAGUAUUUUUGGCAGAAUUUCCGAAAGAACCAAAAAGGACUAAUGAGACAGACUUCCAAAGGAGAGGAUGUCGGUUACGUGGCCAGUGAGAUCACGAUGAGUGAUGAGGAGCGGAUCCAGCUGAUGAUGAUGGUCAAAGAGAAGAUGAUCACCAUUGAGGAAGCACUUGCUCGGCUAAAGGAGUACGAAGCCCAGCACAGGCAAUCAAGUACCGUGGAUGUUGCAGACUGGCCUGAUGGUUCUUACUCAACAUUUGAUGGGUCUUCCAAUUGUAAUUCAAGAGAACAAUCCGAUGAUGAAACAGAGGAGUCCGUGAAGUUCAAGAGACUGCACAAGCUGGUAAAUUCUACUCGCAGAGUCCGGAAGAAACUCAUAAGAGUGGAAGAAAUGAAAAAACCCAGCCCAGAAGGUGUGGAAGAGCACUCGCUUGAUAGCCCUGCCAUACUGGAAGACAGGUCGGCACUUUACUCUGGAGUUCACAAGAAGCAGUUGUACUUGGAUGGCUCCUGUGAGAAGCAGCCUGAGGAUGACUUGGACUUGCUCACCACUUCUCCCUCCUCCAGCAGCCUUGAUACUUGGGGAGCUAACCGGAAGCUGGUGAAGACCUUCAGCAAAACUGAUAGCCGUGGCCUUAUCAAGCCUCCCAAGAAACUCGGGACUUUUUUCUCUUACCCAGAAGAGGAGAAGACCCAGAAAGUUUGCCGCUCCUUGACAGAUGGGGAGAUGAAGAAGAGCCUCGGCUCCCUGAGCCAUGGGAGAACCUGUAGCUUUGGAGGAUUUGACUUGACAAAUCGUUCCCUUCAUAUUGGAAACAGCUCUGACCAAAUGGGCAAAGAAGGAGACUUUGUUUAUAAAGAAGUGAUCAAAUCACCCUCUGCGUCUCGUAUAUCUCUGGGCAAAAAGGUGAAGUCUGUCAAGGAAACCAUGAAGAAAAGGAUGUCUAAAAAAUACAGCAGCUCUGUGUCUGAACAGGAGCACGGCCCCGACGUCGUGCCRGCCUCGCCGCAGUCCCCGCAGCCGGACGCUGACUCCCUGGACAAGCCCAAGCUGAAAGCGGGGGGCUCCGUGGAGAGCCUCAGGAGCUCCUUGAGCGGCCAGAGCUCGAUGAGUGGUCAGACAGUGAGCACGACAGAUUCCUCAACCAGCAACAGAGAGAGCGUGAAAUCUGAAGAUGGAGACGAUGAAGAGCCUCCUUACAGGGGACCGUUCUGCGGGAGAGCCAGGGUUCACACGGAUUUUACACCCAGCCCUUACGACACUGACUCUCUGAAGCUCAAGAAAGGCGACGUCAUUGACAUCAUCAGCAAGCCCCCCAUGGGCACCUGGAUGGGCCUCCUGAACAACAAAGUUGGCACUUUCAAGUUCAUCUACGUGGACGUGUUAAAUGAAGAGGAGGAGAAGCCCAAGCGGCCCACGCGGAGACGCCGGAAAAGCCGACCGCCCCAGCCCAAGUCUGUGGAGGAUCUCCUGGAUCGCAUCAACUUAAAGGAGCACAUGCCCACUUUCCUCUUCAAUGGUUAUGAAGAUCUGGACACCUUUAAACUUUUAGAAGAAGAAGAUCUGGAUGAACUGAACAUCCGAGAUCCUGAGCACAGAGCUGUUCUCCUCACAGCAGUGGAACUUCUGCAGGAAUAUGAUAGUAACAGUGACCAGUCAGGAUCUCAGGAGAAACUCCUCAUUGAAGGUCAGGGUCUGACUGGAUGCUCUCCUCGGGAUUCUGGCUGCUACGAGAGCAGUGAAAACCUGGAGAACGGUAAGACUCGGCGGCCGUGCCUCGUGCCCUCCAAAGCCGCCGGCGAGCGCAGCCUCAAGGACUUGAGCAGGAGCCCGCUGUGCAGCCACAGGGAGCCGCUCGCGCUGCCCAGGGAGCCGCCGGAGCGCGGCGCGGCGGGCGCCCGCGCGGGCUGCCCGCACCGAGCCGUGCCGCGCGGCGCCGAGGCGCCCGCCAGCGCCCGCCGGAACCGCCGCAGCCUGCCCGGCGCCGUGCGGCGCAGCUGCGAGACGCUGCACGGCGCCCUCGGCGCCGCAGGCUGGCCCAGAUCCCACUCGCUGGACGAUCUGCAGGGAGAAGCCGGCGUGAACCUGCAGGAAGCUGCCAAGGAAAGGGGCUCUUCAGCUCAGGACGCACUGGAUGUAGCAAAGAAGGGUGGCGCGGGAGGUGACUUGCUGCUUAAGCAGAAUGAAGGAGCUGGUGGUUCUCAGAAGGGAAGAGCGAAGGAACUGGACUGCUCCGUGACGGAGCCUGCAGCUGGAAAGGCUCUUCCGUGCCCCACGAAAAACUGUGAGGCCCAGCCUGCCUUAGUGACACACGCUGCGACAAGGACAUCUCUGGAAAUACAAAGCAAGGCUUUCCACGACCUUGCACGGGCCGAUUAUGCUCCGGUUCUCAAGGGAGGUGUAGAAGGUGAGCAAAGAGGCUCAGGUGAGGCCAGAGUGCAACCAAAACAUCCCUCGCAGCCACCACCAGUCCCAGCCAAGAAAAGCCGGGAACGCCUUUCCAAUGGAUUGUGUCAUCCUGCCGUGGCCACAGGCAGCAGCCACGCAAGCCCAGAAGCACCUUGCUUGCCGGUGAAAAAGAGCAGCCCGUCCAGCCCCACGGAUUGCCACGGAGGCCCUGUCCAUCGGACGCCCUCGGAGCAGGACCCCRGUGCCCCUCCUAGCCCGCUGCCCCCCUGGCUGGCUGAGCUGCCAGAGACUGCUAGUGUGCAGCAGCACGUGGUAAAGCUGGGGCCUGCUGCAGCAAGGAAAGUSUCUUGCAGCAGGGGAGUAGACCUGGAAAUGGUAGUAGAAACCAAGCUGCAGGCGGAAGACAUCGAUCUCACUGAAGAGCCGUACUCAGAUAAGCACGGSCGCUGCGGCAUUCCCGAGGCUCUGGUCCAGAGGUACUCUGAAGACUUAGAGCAGCCGGAGAAGGAGAUUGCCGCCAACAUGGACCAAAUCCGGGUGAAGCAGCUGAGGAAGCAGCACCGCAUGGCAAUUCCAAGUGGAGGCCUCACUGAAAUUUGCCGGAAACCUGUGUCCCCAGGACUUAUCACUUCUGUAUCUGACUGGCUGAUUUCCAUUGGCCUGCCCAUGUAUUCCAGCACACUCAUAGAAGCAGGAUUCAACACCCUGAGCAAAGUGCCUUCUCUGUCACAAACUUGCCUUCAAGAAGCUGGCAUCACAGAGGAGAGGCACAUAAGCAAGCUCCUGGCAGCAGCAAGACUCUUCAAACCUCUUGAUCCAGAGGCAGUUCAACAUGCUCCGUAACGUGGCAUUGCUUGGUGAGGAACCCGCUGCUUCUUCCAGCACCAAUAUUGCCCUAAUUACUUCAUAUAGCUAAAGGGAUCAAGGAAGUGGCUCCCAAGGACAGGCAAGUAUCUUCUUCAAAAGAUAUGAGAUGUUUCUGUUGCUGUCUUUGGCAGCUGAAGGAGAAGAGAAGCAACCACCAAGUAACACARAUGUGGUACUUCCCACUCCCCUGGAAAAGUGUUUUUGUUUCAUAAAGUGCACAGGGUUGGCCUGAGACCAGACAGCUCCACAAAAUUAAGGCACUCUUGCACAUUUUCCAGAAAUGUGCCAAAGUGAUACUAAUGAUCGGCCCUGUUUCUGUAGAGAGCACCUGAGCUUGGGGGCUUUCAUGGAAUCAUAGAGCCCUUACGGCUGGAAAUGCCCUUUGAGACCAUCGAGCCCAACCGUAAGCCUGUCAACCCGAUGCCUGUUAAACCAGCUCCCUAAGCCCCGUCUCUCUGCACAUCGAGGUCCCAGGUACCUGAGCUCGCUCCUAAAGACCACGUGCRGGGCCAGGUGCAGCCUCCAGUGGAGGCCGUUAGCCCUGGCCUCCUGCUCGCCUCCUGCUCAGUGUAGAGCCAAGUGCUUCUCCCUCUGCUCCUCUCGCUUGGUGUAGGGCCCCGUGGCCACAAAGCCCUUAGUGAGGCCAAAGUUAAGGGGCUGGAAUUAGUUUACAGUGGGGUCCCUUUCUGUCACUCCGCUGCAACUAACCAGAGGAGGGUCAGAAAGCUUCUUUUUUAUUUGUACAGAACUGAGGUUGUUUUUAUAGCUGCUCUCUAGCAAUCAGCUUUUUAUUUGCCUUAAGACAAGCUUCUAAGCAGUUACCUAGUGUUCACUUACUCGUAUGCAUGUUUGCCAAGCCCUGCUUCGACCGGUCACCCUCAAGUUGCUUUUGGGGUGAUUUGCAGCCGAAGAAGCUCCUGCAAGUUGCCUCAUCACGUAACAUCUGCCGUGUUGUAGAGCUGCUUUUACAAAGGCAGGGUUAUGCUGUGCUCUGGUUUUCAGGCAAACUUCUUGUUCACUGCAGUCUGCUUUUACUGUUAUUACUAAACUGUUCCAAGAUAUACUGCCUUGUAUAUAUGUAACUGCUUCUCAUUUUAAUCAUAUUCUGUGUACUGUGUUAUAUUGUCAAUCAUUAUGCUGCAGCAUUGACUUGGUAUCCUGACCAUAUCGAUUCCAAACGAUGGGUUUCUGCAAAUGAAAAUCUGCUUGUGGGAGAAAAAAUGCAUUGAAACAGCAACCUGUGUCCCGCAGAAAUCAGCGUUAGAGCAAGUAAUCCCUGUGCAUGGACUAGCAAACAGAACAACACCCACAAACCCUGUUUCUAUAUAUGAAUGCCACUGUGAUUUAACAACAGUUUAUAACCCUCGUGACUGAGUGCUAGUAUUUCCUCUCCCUGGAAGAGAGUGUUGUUCUGGCAUACGUGGUGAGCCAUUUUUCCAUCAUGGAAUGCUAUUUUCCUGCCGAAACCCGUGUAAAACGCUCCAUUCACACAAGUGGCCRAUGACAGAUUUUAUUUUUCUAUAUGGGUACACAUUUUAUAUACCAAAUACAGAUUAUGAUAAACAGCAUGUAACUAGCUUUUUCUUUGGGGCCUAUACACAGCGUAUAGGCCCCAACGUACACAGCGUUUGGGGCUUUAGCUCCUUGCAGUGCAAGUGCUCCGUGGAUGGCGGAGUAGGGUUUACACUGGCAGGUGAAGGGAGAUGAAGGCAGCGACCGGGGCCACCAAGCG